GGAGCGCUGGUAUUAUGGUAGGCUCCGCGAGCGCUCUUGUCCCUCUGCUGACAGUCGCAGGGGUCUCGGCCAUCGCAGACCGACGGGAGGCUCUCAACGCGUCUAAUACCUCCAAGACGUCGAACUCCGAGUGCGUAACGAACACCGCACUACUGACCUUACGAGGACUCGGGACAGGUGCGGCCUGGACCAUCGCAGUGGAUGGCUACGCUAUGGCCUGUGUGACGGACGCCGAGGUAGCACGGCACAUGGCGAAUCGGCCAGGCUCCAGUGUCGCGGGCGAGAUCGCCAGAAAGUUGGGACCGCUCUGCGUACGCAACAUGCUGGGCUUUGCUGGCUUCCUGGGCCUCUACGGAGGCGUGAGCUGCAGUCUAGAGAAGGCAAGAGACAAGAACGACCUGCUUAAUCCAUUCAUGGGUGGACUCACUGCCGGUUUGAUCGCUUUGUGGCAUGACCGGCGCGUACCGCAUGUGCACUUGACAUCGGCUGCUGCGUGUGGCGCGCUGGCGAUGGUCCUUCACCGCUUCAAUUCUCCCAUCACUAAAGAGAGCGAGAAUGUGUGCGCCACCACUACGGAUGCGCCGUAGUCGCGUUUAUCGUGUAAUUGAAGAGAG